AUGGGAGAAAAGCACUCCAGCGACGGCAGCGCCACGAGCCAUGCCGUCGGCGACAUCUCCCAGCUCGAGGCGCAGGAGCAGCUGCGCAACGUGCAACUGCACCACCUCAACGAUCCCAACCUACCCGACGACUUUAUCGACGACGUCGCCGACGCGCUGGCCUCGUCGGACCCCAAGACGGCCAUUGUCGAGGUCUCGCACCUGCUCGAGGACUCGCCGUACCCCGAGGUGCGCGCCGCCGUGCGCCCCCACGACGAGGACGUGCCCGCCAACACGAUCCGCGCCUGGGUCAUUGGCAUGCUCUUCACCACCAUCGGCUCCGGCCUCAACAUGCUCUUCAGCAUGCGCGCGCCGUCCAUCAUCAUCACCACCUACGUCGCCCAGCUGCUCUGCCACCCUGUCGGCCUCGGCUGGUCGCUCGUCAUGCCCAACCGCCAGUUCAGCCUCUGCGGUCUCCAGUUCAACCUCAACCCGGGCCCGUGGAACAAGAAGGAGCAUGCGCUGGUCGUCAUCAUGGCCAAUGUCAGCUUCGGCGGCGGCUCGGCUUACAGCACCGACAUUAUCCUGGCCAUGAAGCAGUUUUACAAGCAAGACUUUGGAUGGGGCUUCCAGCUUCUUCUCACUUUCACCAUCUCCAUGUGCGGUUUCGGCAUGGCGGGCCUUUUCCGUCGCUAUCUGGUUGAGCCGGCUGCCAUGAUUUGGCCCACCAAUCUGAUCAAUACAUCGCUUUUCUACGCCCUCCACGAUCACUCACCCUCCGACCCCACCAAGACCAAUGGCUGGUCCAUCGGCCGAUACAGAUGGUUCGCAUAUGUCUGCAUGGGAUCCUUUGUGUGGUACUGGUUCCCCGGCUUCAUCGCGCCGUUCCUCAGUGUUUUUGCCUUUGUCACAUGGAUCAAGCCCCAGAGCCCCGUCGUCAACCAGCUCUUUGGCGGCUGGUCUGGCAUCUCCCUGAUUCCCAUAACCUUUGACUGGACCCAGAUCAGUGGCUACACGACUUCGCCUCUCAUUUUCCCAUGGCAUGCUAUUGCCAACACCACCGUGGGUGUCGUCAUCUUCAUGAUGAUUACCAACAUUGGCAUACACUACAACAACGUCUUUUACAACCUCUACCUGCCCAUUAGCGACUCUGAGAGCUACGACAACACGGCCCAGCCUUACAAUGUCAGCCGCGUGCUUACUCCCAACUAUGAGCUCGACAUGGACCAGUACAAGGCGUACUCGCCCCUCUUCCUCUCUGCCACCUUUACCAUGGCAUACGGUGUUUCUUUUGCCGCCAUCUCUGCGCUGGUAGUCCACACCAUUCUCAAUCAUGGCAAGGAAAUUUGGCUUCGUCUCACUACCAUGGGCAAGGACGACGAAGACGUGCACACCAGAAUGUACGCCAAGUACGACCCUGUCCCCUUUUGGUGGUACGCCAUUCUGUUCUUAGCCAUCUUUGCUAUGGGUCUCGGAACGGUUCUUGGCUAUGAAACUCAUAUGCCCGCUUGGGGUUAUAUUAUUGCCAUGAUUAUUGCUUGGCUCUUUAUCCUCCCCACGGGUAUCAUUCAGGGUGCGACCAACGUUCAGCUGGGUCUCAACGUCCUCACUGAGUUCAUGGCCAGUUACAUGCUCGAGGGCAAGCCUGUUGCCAACAUGCUUUUUAAGGCUUACGGAUACAAUGCCUUGUAUCAAGGUCUUGCCUUUGUCAGCGACAUGAAGAUGGCCAUGUAUAUGAAGGUUCCACCCAAGACUGUCUUUAUGGGCCAGACUGUUGCCGUGAUCUGGUCUUCCAUUGUUCAAAUUGCUGUCCUGAACUGGGCUCUUGGUGCCAUUGAAGGUAUUUGUACUGCAAAGCAGGAGAAUCACUUCACUUGCCCCGGUGCCAAGGUCUACUUCAACGCCUCUGUCAUCUGGGGUGUCAUUGGCGCCCAGCGCAUGUUUGGCAUUGGUGCUCUGUACUCGCCUAUGCUCUGGUUCUUCCUUGUUGGCGCCGUGUGCCCGGUCAUUACUUGGGUCAUUCUGCGCCGCAACCCUCGCUCUAUCGUUCGUUUUAUCAACUGGCCCAUCAUCUUUGGUGGCAGCGGUAUGAUUCCGCCUGCCACGGCCCUCAACUACCUGUCCUGGGCUUGGGUCGGCUUCUUGUUCAACAAGUACAUCCGCAACAAGUACCGCGGCUGGUGGAUGCAGUUCAACUACGUGACCUCUGCCGGUCUCGAUGUCGGCCUCGCAUUGAGUACCAUUCUCAUCUUCCUCGCCCUCAGCUUGACGGGCACGGAGAUGACUCCCUGGUGGGGCUCUGUUGGCGCUCUCAACACCAUGGAUGUCCAGGACACUGCCAUCAUCAGACCUCUUGCGGAUGGUGAGACGUUUGGACCCAAGACUUGGUAA